AUAAAUAAAUAUAUAAAAAGAUACUAGGUAUGCAUUCGUUGGUAUGAUAUAAGUAAUGUUAAGCCUUGCUUGCCUCUAAAAUCUCUCAUAUAGCCGCACCUUCUCAUCUUCUCAAUCACACACUUUCGCCUCCUAUCUCCGCCUUCACUUUCUUCUCUAUCUCCUGCAGGAUUCCUGCAAGUUCUGCGGUAGCAGAUUCGAGGUGAAGGUGAAGUUGCAGUUUCUUUCAUGUUUGAACAAGCAAUCAUCCAUUUGGGAGCAAUUGAGUUGCUUGGAGAGUGUUUUUCUUCAUCUAGGAAAAAGAACAAGCCUUUGCCGAGAAAACUCAGCUGUAUGCAUCGUGCCCCUUACCAGGAACAUACUGAUCUCUGUAGUUUCUAUUUGCAGCCUCCCGUAAUCUCUGAAGGAGAGUCUUUGUGAUCAUAAUCAGCAAGCAAAUCUUUGAAUUUCAGCAUUUGCUGAUUGUGAUAUCUAGUCUGUUUCUGAGAUUUCCUUCAUUUAAGUCAUCAUGGCCUUACAGAACAUUGGUGCUGGAAACAGCGAUGAUGCCUUCUACAGGUAUAAGAUGCCAAGAAUGAUUACAAAAAUUGAGGGCAGGGGUAAUGGCAUCAAAACAAAUAUUGUCAAUAUGGUUGAAAUUGCAAAAGCUUUGGCAAGGCCACCCUCUUACACAACAAAGUAUUUUGGCUGUGAACUUGGAGCACAGUCAAAGUUUGAUGAGAAAAACGGGACUUCCCAUGUCAAUGGAUCGCAUGAUACUGCAAAACUUGCUGGUCUUCUCGAGAGUUUCAUUAAGAAAUAUGUCCAGUGUUAUGGUUGUGGAAAUCCUGAAACUGAGAUCUUGAUUACUAAGAGUCAGAUGAUCCAGUUGAAAUGUGCUGCUUGUGGUUUUGUGUCUGACGUCGAUAUGAGAGACAAGCUGACUACCUUCAUCAUUAAGAAUCCACCUGAAGUGAAGAAAGGGUCCAAAGACAAGAAGGCCAUGAGGAGAGCUGAGAAGGAGAGGCUGAAGGAAGGUGAAGCGGCUGAUGAGGAGCUUAAAAAAUUGAAGAAAGAGGUCAAGAAGAAAGUAACUUCAAAGGAAAGCACCACAAAAUCAAGCUCUUCAAGGAAAAAAGGGAAUGGGUCUGAUGAAGAUCAUACAUCUCCUACACGCAGUCCAAUUUAUGAGAAGGAUGAGGCUGAAGAUGAAGAUGAAGAUGAUGAUGUACAAUGGCAAACAGACACAUCACUGGAGGCUGCUCGGCUACGAAUCCAGGAACAGUUAAGUGCUGUCACUGCUGACAUGGUCAUGCUCUCUACAAAUGAACCAGAGAAGGAGAAAGUAGCCACUAAGGUAAGUGACAUUCCUAAUAAUGGUAAUGGUAAUGGUAACUCCAUUAACUACAAGACUCUGGUUGGGGAACUCAAAGCAAAUUUGAAGAAAGGUGUCUCGGCCAAAGAAUUGGUGUCCCAUUGGGCAACACUUCCUGUCUCUGCCCAAGAAAAGAUGAGUGCUUUGUAUGAAGCCCUAUUUGGGGACAUUGAGAAAGGGUUUGCAAAGGAAGCACUCAAGAAGAAGAGCUACCUUGCUGCUGCUGUUGCUGAGGAAGAGGGUAUGCCAUUGUUGCUGCUGCGUGCAAUUGAAGAAUUUUCUUGCAAGUCCAAUACCAAUGCACUUAAGGAGGUGGCCCUGGUUCUGAAGGCACUCUACGAUGCUGAUGCUUUGGAGGAAGAGCACAUAUUGCAGUGGUAUCAAGAAGGGUUGAAAGGCACUGACAAGAACUCUCAGAUUUGGAAAAAUGUGAAGCCUUUCAUUGAUUGGCUUCAGAGUGCAGAAUCAGAGUCAGAGGAAGAGUAGUGUUGGCCAUAUUGUUUACUUUUGUUGCUUUGAUCGUGUCUCUUAAUUUGAAUAAAAGGGUCUUGUUGUCCCCUUGUGUUGUUGAAGCUGUUGUUUUAAACUUCUGAAUUGUGAUGUUUGCCUGUGUUUCUGGCUCGUAAAAUUAUGGUCUGAGACUCUUUUGAGUAUUAUUAACAUUAUGCGUUUAGUUUUUCUUGAUCU